AUGGCGCCGCCGCGCGCCCGCCGCCAGUCUCGGGGAGCGCCGGUCCCUGUGCCGUCAUUACCUGCCUUCCCUGCUGCCAAGGAGGAUGAUGGUGAUGGCGAUGGUGAUGAUGCCGACACCGAGCUGGACACGCGGGCCAUGGUGCGGGCCCAGAACCAGAAGAAGAAGAAAUCUGGCGGCUUCCAGUCCAUGGGCCUCAGCUACCCCGUCUUCAAGGGCAUCAUGAAGAAAGGCUACAAAGUGCCCACACCCAUCCAGAGGAAGACCAUCCCUGCCAUCCUGCGCGGGCGGGACGUGGUGGCGAUGGCGCGCACGGGCAGCGGGAAGACAGCCUGCUUCCUCAUCCCCAUGUUCGAGCGGCUGAAGGCGCCCAGCCAGGCUGGGGCACGCGCCCUUGUCCUCUCACCCACCCGCGAGCUGGCCCUGCAGACCUUGAAGUUCACCAAAGAGCUGGGCAAGUUUACAGGCCUGAAAACAGCCCUGAUCCUGGGAGGAGACAAGAUGGAAGACCAGUUUGCUGCCCUGCAUGAGAACCCUGACAUAAUCAUCGCCACCCCUGGGCGCCUGGUGCACGUGAUGGUAGAGAUGAAGCUGAAGCUGCACACCGUGGAGUACGUGGUGUUCGACGAGGCUGACAGGCUCUUCGAGAUGGGCUUUGCUGAGCAGCUCCAGGAGAUCAUCGCCCGGCUCCCAGACUCCCACCAGACCGUCCUCUUCUCUGCUACGCUGCCCAAGCUGCUCGUUGAGUUUGCCCGGGCUGGUCUUACCGAGCCAGUGCUGAUCCGCCUGGAUGUGGAGUCCAAGCUUAGUGAGCAGCUCAAGCUUGCUUUCUUCCACGUGCGUGGGGAUGACAAACCGGCCGUGCUGCUCCACUUGCUCCGGAGCGUGGUGAAGCCCCAGGACCAGACAGUCGUCUUUGUGGCCACCAAGCACCACACGGAGUAUCUCAAGGAGCUGCUGACAGCGCAGGGCAUCCGCUGCACACACAUCUACAGCUCUCUGGACCAGACUGCCCGCAAGAUCAACAUUGCCAAGUUCUCCCAGGGCAAGUGCCCGGUGCUGCUGGUCACUGAUGUGGCUGCCCGUGGGCUCGACAUCCCCAUGCUGGACAAUGUCAUCAACUUCAGCUUCCCUGCCAAGGCCAAGCUCUUCCUGCAUCGUGUCGGUCGUGUGGCCAGAGCUGGCCGGAGUGGCACUGCCUACUCACUGGUGGCUCCUGAUGAGAUGCCCUACGUCUUCGACCUCCACCUCUUCCUGGGGCACCCACUUGUCCUUGCUGGUGCCCAGGAGAUGCCCACUGAUGCUGGCGGGGUGCUGGGCCGUGUCCCCCAGAGCCUGGUGGACGAUGAGGAGUGCCUGCUGCUGACGGACCACGAGGGCUCGCUGGAGCUGCGCAGCCUGCGCCGCGUGGCUGACAAUGCCCAGAAGCAGUACCUGCGCUCCCGGCCCAGCCCCGCGCCCGAGUCCAUCAAGAGGGCGAAGGACCUGGAUGUGUCCCAGCUGGGCAUUCACCCCCUCUUCAGUGCUCGCUUCGAGGACACGGAGCUGGAGAGGCUGAAGUUGGUGGACAGCAUUAAGUCCUACAAGUCCAAGGCGACCAUCUUUGAGAUCAACGCCACGUCCCGGACGCUGGCCAGCGCUGUGAUGCGAUCCAAGCGGCGCCACGACCAUGCCCUCAUUGAGAAGUACCAGCGCGGGCAGCAGGAGAAGCGGGAGGCAGCUCUCAAAGGGCAGGGGCUGGGCACAGCUCCCCCUCGGCCUGAGGAGGGUGGAGAAGGAGAGGAGGAAGAUCUCCAGGACGUGUUCUCCACUGUGGUGGGCCAGAAGCGAAAACAGGGCCGAGGGGGAGAAGGCAGCCCCAGGAAAAAGCGGCGGCAGCCAGCACAGCAGGACGAGGACUUCUACAUCCCCUACAGGCCCAAGGACUUCGAGAGUGAGAGGGGGCUGAGCGUGGGCGGCGAGGGCAGCGCCUUUGAGCAGCAGGCAGCCGGAGCCGUCCUGGAUCUCAUGGGUGAUGAAAACCACAACCUCAACAAGAGCAGGCAGCUGCUGAAGUGGGACCGCAAGAAGAAGCGAUUCGUGGGGCAGACAGGCCAGGAGGACAAGAAGAAGGUGCGGACGGAGAGCGGACGCUACAUCAGCAGCUCCUACAAGAACAACCUCUAUGAAAAGUGGAAGCAGAAGUACAAAGUUGACGAGCGUGAUGAAGAUGAGGACACAUGCAGCAGGGAGCAGUUCAGGGGGAAGCACAGGCAUGGGCACGGGCCCGGGCAGGCCGCAGGCCGGGGCAAGGUGCGCUCGGAGCUGAGGACCAAGCAGCAGAUCCUGAAGCAGCGCAAGAAGGCAGCCAAGCAGCGCUUCCUGCAGAGCGGGGGCCUGAAGCGGCUGAAGGCCAGGAACCGGCAGCGGGUGCAGGAGCUGCGGCAGAUGGCCUUCGGCCGCCGCCUGGGAGCCGCCAAGAAGGGCAAGCUGAGGAAGAAGGUGUAG